AUGGAAGGGGAUCCCCAAGAUCAAGAGGAGGAUUCUGAAGCCCAGAGGAGAGCCUCUUCCCCUCAGUCCUCUGUGCUGUGGGAGAAGUGUAUCCGGCAGAGUAUCUUUGUGGACCUGAGUGAGGAUGAGAGUCUCCACUUCAGUGACCUGGAGGGCUCCUUCACGGUGCAUCUCUCCCAGGCAGAGUCGGCUGUCUCAGGGAACAGCAUCCAUCUCAGUGAGAACUUAGAGCUGUCAGUGUCUGACUCUGGGGAGUCCUCCACAGAGAGCAGUAGCUGUGUCAGUGGCCAGAGUGAGAGAGUGGUGGAGGGUAAAACCAAGAGCAGUGGGAAGUGGGUGUCUGCCCAGAGACCCAACACCGAGCAGGAGCAGACCAUCUGGGAGUAUGAGAACCCAGGAGACACCUCCGAUGAAGAACAGGAGGACCUUCCACAUGACGGGGACCUGGGAAGCCAGUACAUUAACCCCACAACCAAUGACAGUGACAAGUCUGAGGAGAAUUGCAAAAUAGCUGAUGUUCUGUCAAAAGACCAAGCUGGAGCAUUGCAUUCAGGACACAAUGUUAGAGAUCAUUUUGACUUGCCAGCAAUGGUUGGAGAGGUCAAUAUCAUACAAGGUCACAUGCAAAUUGAAGUCAACACUAUGAACCAUGUAUCUAUAACUCCACCCGAGGGAGAGGGUAAAGGAGCUUUUUUUGACUCUACAAAACCAGAGGCUGUUCCCACAUGCAGUAGUCCUGUCCGUAAAGUCCCACACCCAGACAUCACCCAGCUGCUGCUCCGUCACUUUUCCCAGGAUGAGCUGUUCUGCUCAGGCAGUCUGAUCGAGGCAGAGACCCUGCCGGAGGUGUCCCUUCUGGAGAGCAUGGACGAGACAGUGCUGAGCAGGGGCCCUUUGCACAGUAGCACAGGGAGCCCCAAUAAUAAUAAUAGUGGAGGAGCCCCACGACGCAGCAGCGCAAGGGGACCCAGCAGCGAGAGUGAGAGGAGUCAGAGCCUACAGGAAGAAGAUGAAGGGAAGAGUGUUCAAAUGAGUCCAAGAAAAAACCUGGAGGAGAAAAAUGGAAAAGGGACUGCCUCAGAGGGAAAGAACACACGGAGUGCUGAGUCUUACAACAGUGACGUCAACUCUCCUCAAAAUAGUGGCAUAUCAAACAGUAAAAGUGAAGUCUCUGAACAGGACAGUAAUGAUAGCAGUAAUGGUUCAGACCUAACCAAAGAGGAAGAUGAGAAUGAUGAAGAUGAGGAGGAAGACCAAGUCUAUAGAGGUCCCCUGGUCAGAACCAGGUCUUUCAGCGAAUUAAAGUAUGGACAGGGCCAAGUACACUACCCACUCCCUGACUUCUCCAAGGUGGCCCCCAAAGUGAAAAUCCCGAAGAGUACCAGCGUUCCGGUGAGACCUGUCAGCCAUUCUCCCAGCUUCCUCAGAGCUGAGUCCUCGCCAGGCAUGCUGGGUAAGUCCUCUGCUUUGGAGGUGAUCCACAGAGUGAUGGAGGACUCUAUUCAGCCCUCAGAGAGACCCUACGUGUUCAGAGACCAGGACAAACAGACAGAAACCUCCCCAGGACUGGUGCGUCAUCUACAGGCUGAAUACGAUAAACUUAUGACUAAGUAUGCAGAGGCUGAGAACCUCAUUGAUCAGAUGAGACUGGGGACAAAAAAUCAAGCGCCCUCUGACCUUACCCUGGAUUUUGACUGUGGUGACCAACAAGACCUUCCGGGUCCUGGUGGAAGCCAUUUUGGAUCUAUGCUCUUCCCCAACCCCCCAUCUCCUACAGGACAAUUUACUGAUGGUCCAAACCAACAAAACCACUCUAAACAGCCUAGCACUUCUCCGACCCAGACGGACCAACAGAGUGAAGGGGAAAGGAUGACCAGGGAGUUGAGGGAUAUUAUCAGUCAGUUUUUGCUGAAGGUGGAUGAAUUCAAAACGUGUCUGACCACAAUGUCAAUUGCUAUUGAAGAGCAAGAAAUGGUGUUUAAAAGUAUGAUGGAUUCCCAGGACCAGCUGGAGAGGCAGUACAUCAGUAAGAAGGAGGAGCACAGAACUCUGGAGAUGCAGAACUACUUUGGCCUGGCCAGGAACACAGGCCAGUUCGACCCCGAAAGGCAGGUGGAGGGGGAGAUAUUCAGGAUAGGGAUGCGUCUAGAGGACAUUAAAGAGCUGAUUGACAGGAACGUGUGUGAGCAGCAGCUCUCCCCACCCCACUCAUCCUCCACACUCCUGUCACUGUGUGGGGGUCUCAGUCUUCCUGGUCUGCUCACCCCCUCACUUCCACCACCCAUGCAUGAGGGUCUCACAUUACAGAUUCCAGGCCCCUGUUUUUCCACUGGAGGUUAUGAGACAGUGGAGAGGGAGGAAGAGGAGGAUGAGGAAGAGGCCAGAGAGGUCCAUGGACAUGAUGGUUUAGACCAGAGCUGUGAUCUCACACCUGCUGACCCCCAACUGAACAGCACAGGACACAGCAGUGUCAGUCUACGGCUCUCACAGGGCUCCCUGGAGACACUGGACAUCACCAACACAGAGGAAGAGGAGGAGGAAGAAGAGGAGAGGAGCUGGACCUGCUCGGGCCUAUCUGAGGGGAUAGCUCGUGAUCGGGUUCUGCAGUAUUUGGCUCUCCAGAACCCGGGAUUUCGAGACAGAUUGUGGACACCUGAAAGCCUGCAGCAGAGUCCCCUGAGCCCAGACUGUGACCUGGGAGGGAGUGUGAGUCUGGCUGUAGAGGUUUCCUGCUCCUCUUAUCUGAAGAGCCAGUCCCAGAGCAUCACAGACCACACUCUCACCACUUCCCAGAGAAUAGUGAGUCCAGAGACAGACAGUGGGUUAGGGAGCUCUGACUUGAGUCUCCAAGCCACAGGACUAUCUCAACCAAAACUCCAUACAGAAAGGCUCCAGUUCCAGCCUGAUGGGAAUUCUAGUCCUAUCAGUAUGAGUGACAGUGAAGGCUCCUGCGCCAACCUGCAGACCACUAUGCAUCAGCCUGUACAGGUGGGAGAGAGGAGACCCAACCCGCAGAUAAAUGUCCAUUCGGCUGGGCUGACAGGAAAAGGGACACCUAGCCUGCAGUCUACUGUCCAUCUGACUAGGGAUAUUGGAGAGAGGAGACCCAGCCUACAGACACCUGCUCAGCUGCAGCUUUGCACCACUGCGGUGGACCACUGGGUGACCAGCACUACUCAGAGUGUACCUGCCGGACUGCAUGAGGGUGAAUCCCACACUACCAGUCAGCUCAGUCAUCACGGCCCUGACUGCCAAUUAAAAACCUCCCAUAGCAUCACCAUGGAUAUGCCACAGAGAGACUGCCACUCCCACACCUGUUCCUGUCACGGUUCGGCCAUCCAGGCCCUGCAGUCGGAGGUGUCCCAGCUGAAGAGAGACCUGGAGGAGGGUCUGGUCCAGCUGCCACACCUCUCCCAGAGGAUGGAUUACCUGACCUCCAGAUGCAGGCAGAACAGAGACAGAAGGCCCAAGACCCGGCCCAGAACACACCACAAACCAGCAGGGAGCAGACAGAGUCUGACCAACACCAACUACAAGAUAGAAGACUGGAUCUCCUCAGAUAUGGACCCCAGCAAGAGCAAAGGUACAGACAGUGUGGAGUCGGACCGGUCUGGGAUCAUGUUACCAUUCCACAGUACACCUCUAGGUGGCAGGAGAGGGAGCAGCAAGCCCUACUCCUGCUCAGAUGGACCAGUGAAACCCCAGAGCAAAAAACACUUGAAUACAGCAUCAGAGGAGAACCGUUCUCUGGAGACCUCCAAUCUCACCCAUCCCAGUCCUCCAGCACUCUGGCACUCAUACAAGAACUUCAGCUACAGAUCUCCACCACCACCAGGUGACAUGGAGAAUGUCUACUCUAAGGGCAGGUAUCCUCUCUCCUCUCAGCCUCUCCAGAAGCCUCUGUUGCAAGUCAACUAUGGCUCCUCCUGCAGUUUACCUGCAGGUUUCAAAGUGCGAGAGCAGCAGUCUGUCUCCCACCAUCGGAGGCGCUCUACCCAGUCAGACUCAGCACUGCUGCCCAGCAAUGUGUACUUUCAGCGGACCUUUCCCCCAGCUCUCAGCCCCCCCAGGACUGGGGGCAGAGCCAGCAGGCACAAAGCCAGCAAGGAUGAGGAUAUCAACAGGACAUUGGACAGGGCUAUCGAGGCAGCCCGCAUUAUGAAGAGGACCACUGAUAGGAUGGCCAAGAGCCUGUCAGCUGACCUUGCCAAGGUUGAGCUGUAUAGGAAGUUACACGGCUUUCACCCAUUGACAGGGAGGAACAAUACUGGCUCAUAACACCCUAAUUGACACACUGGAGAUACUGCUGCUACUAUAGAGCUGGUCCAGGAUUAGCUAACCAGUGAAUUUAGCAGGGAUUGUUUUGUAUACAGGUGAAGUCAGGAAGUUUACAUACACCUUAGCCAAAUACAUUUAGACUCUGUUUUUCACAAUUCCUGACAUUUA